AGAAUACCAAGAUUGAGAUGCACAUAAUUUACUAUGCCUAUAAGUAACUGCUGCUUCUUCUCCAUUUUUUUCUCAUCCCUGAUCAUCACUCACUAGCUAACAUUUCACACCAGACACUUCUAACUAGUUUUGGAACAAGAUCAGCAUGUCUAAGUGCUCCAAGGCUCAGAUGCUCACUCGGCUGAUGCCGUUCAUGGCUGUCACCUUCUUGCAAUUUGGGUACGCAGGUUUGUUCAUAAUUUCAAAGUUUGCUCUAAACCGUGGGAUGAGCCCGCAGGUCUUCGUAGCCUAUCGGCACGCCGUGGCCACUGUUUUUAUAGCUCCUUUCGCCAUUAUCUUCGAUAGGAGAGUAAGGCCAAAGAUGACCUUAUCUAUUUUUUGUAAGAUUGUUUUGCUUGGCCUCUUAGAGCCUGUACUGGACCAGAACUUGACCUAUACCGGGAUGAAGCUUACAACAGCAACUUUUACAUCUGCUCUGUACAAUGUCCUUCCUGCUUUUGCAUUCAUAAUGGCUUGGGUUUUCAGGCUUGAGAAGAUUAAUUUGAGAAGCCUGCAUAGCCAGGCAAAAAUAUUGGGGACCCUAGUGACGGUGGGAGGAGCCAUGCUUCUGACUCUAAUUAAUGGACCCAUGUUGAAUUUUCCGUGGACAAGAAGAAAUCCCCAUCACGAAUCUACAGUUUCCACAGAUCAUCAAGAUCAUAUAAAGGGAGCUAUCAUGGUUGCAGCGGGAUGUUUCUGCUGGGCUGGUUUCGUCAAUCUCCUAGCGAUUACACUAAAGUCAUACCCUGCUGAGCUCUCCUUAACAGCUUGGAUAUGCUUGGUGGGCACGGUUCAAGGCUCUGCGGUGGCCGUAGCUUUUGAAUGGAAUAACCCUACAUCUUGGUCCAUACACUUCGAUUCUAAGUUGUUAGCUGCUGUUUAUUCUGGAAUAAUGUGUUCAGGGAUCGCUUAUUACAUUCAGGGAAUGGUAAUGAAGGAAAGAGGACCUGUUUUUGUGACUUCUUUUAGUCCCCUAAUCACGAUUAUUGUAGCCGUUAUGAGCUCCUUCAUUUUAGCUGAGAUCAUGUACCUGGGAAGAGUUAUUGGAGCACUAGUCAUUGUGAUUGGCCUUUAUAUGGUUCUAUGGGGGAAAAGCAAGGAUCAACUUCCAUCUAAGUCAGUAAAAAAUGAUAACAUGGAAUUGGCUACGACUAUUUAACAAAUACUACACUGCAUGGACAGGAUACUGACUUCAGAUAUAUGUGGCCAUUGAUGUUACUAAUAAGAAGCUGAUAUAUUUAUCUUAAGGAGGAAGAGCAAAAUACUUUAUAAUAACUACUUGGAAUUUGAAUUUUCAAUCUGUAACAAAUUUCAUGCAAAGCCAAAAGUUAAUUUAGUAUAAUGUUACAUCCUUUAUAUAUGUAUCAAACCCAAUAUAUGCAUGAUUGAG